AUCAGGGCAGCUGGACCUCAUCCGCGGGUGUGGCUCAAAGCAACCCAUACUCCCAAGGCAUACUGCAUACAACAACAAGAGGGGCCGCACUCGCACUGGGAGCUGCCACAAUCAAAAGGCAGUACAUCUGAGGUCUUGGAACAUCUGAUUUGCAUACCUUGUUUUAGGAUGAAAGGAUGGUAACAUUUGGAGAUGGCACAAACAGCAGAAGCCGCACAUCCGAGCUCCAGCAUGCUCAGGUACCCAAGGUCUAAACGACGCGGUUUAUUCUUUUGUGCUUUAAGCUGUGGAACCAGAAGGCUGUAAGGGUUUGCCUGCAAUAGCAAUUAGCAAAGAAGUAGUACUUCAGCAACAGAUGCUAAAGAGUAAAGAGCUACACUUGUUUCCUAAGGAAAUUUGAGUGAAAAAGACACUUAACAAAACAGGUCGGUAUGGAAGCUGCUAUAGUAUCUGGAAUAUUGAAGGUUGUCGGCAGCAAGCUAGCUCCACUACUAAUCAAGGAGUACAGCUUGAUAGUCGGUGUCCAAAAGCAUCUCAAGGAGCUAAACGAUCAAGUUCAGGAGAUCAAUUGUUGGUUGGAAACAGUAGGAGAUGAAGUUACGCGAAAUGGUCCAGCACUUAAUUGGCUAAGAAAGUUGAAAGAUAUAGCUUAUGAUGUUGAUGAUAUCGUUGAUGACUUUCAGCUGGAGGCUGAGAGGCAUGAUGCCCACGGUGUUGGUGGUGCUGUGUCCAACUACUUGUAUGCAAAACCAAAAUCUCUUAUACUUCAAUGCAAGGCAGCCAGCAAGCUCAAGGCAGUCAAAAAGAGAUUUGAUGAUGUUAUGAAGCAAAGAACUGAAUUCAGUACAAUAGCAAACAGCUUACUAGCUAAUCAUCCUGCUCGUGAUAUGAAUCAUAAUACUGCGAACAUGAUGUCAUUGCCUACUGUGGAUGUUGCAUCAGUGCUCGGAAGAGACCAAGAGAAGCACCAAAUAAUAUCUAAACUGGUAGAGACUAAUGACCAACAAAGAAUCAAGACUGUUUCCAUCAUCAGGCUUGGUGGCUCUGGAAAAACUACAUUAGCUAAGCUGGUUUUUAAUGAUUGUAGCAUUAUAGAGAAGCAUUUUGAAGUCAGACUAUGGGUUCAUGUGUCACAAGAAUUUGAUGUUGAAAAGCUCAUCAAGAAACUGUUUGAAGCUUUUGCUGAUAACAAUCCCAGACAGCAUGCAGUGCCGUAUAUGAGCAAAACAAUCUCAGAAAAGUUGACUGAAAAGAGGUUUCUGCUUGUAUUGGAUGAUGUUUGGACUGAGUCCCAAAUCCUGUGGGAACAAUUCAUGGUACAUCUGAAGGUUGGUGCACAUGGAAGCAUGAUUUUACUCACUACCCGUAGUGGAAAAUUUGCAGAAGUAGAGGGAUCCGCGUACCAAUUUGACUUGCCAUUUUUAUCUCCAAAUGACAGCUGGAAACUAUUUCAGCAAAGCUUAGUAAUGCACCCUGAAAGUUUGGGGAUUGAAUUUAUAGAUGUUGGAAAAGAUAUUGUGAAAAAAUGUGGUGGGAUUCCACUAGCAAUUAAAGCUCUCGCAGGUGUCCUUCGUGGCAUGGAACUGAUAGGAGAAUGGCAGGCCAUGAGAGACAACAACUUGUUGCAUUUUGUGGGUGAAGAACGUGGUGUAUCAGUGUCUGCAUGCUUGAUGCUGAGCUAUUUCCAUUUGUCAUCUCAUUUGAAGCAGUGCUUCACAAUAUGUUCAUUGUUUCCCAAAGGUCACAAGAUUGAUAAAGAGCAAUUGAUUGACCUAUGGAUUGCUCAUGACAUGAUCAUCACUCCUGAGUCUGAGCCUGGUGUUGAUUACUUGGACUAUAUCGGCCACAAGUGCUUCAAUUCUCUUGUGUAAAUGUCUUUCCUACAAGUUGAGAAUGAAUUUGAUGGGAGAGUGACAUGCAGCAUGCAUGAUUUGGUUCAUGAUCUGGCCCGGUCCAUAUUGGAUGACAAUAUUUCACUUGAUGUGCCAAAGGAUCCAUCCAGUUGUACCAA